CAUCGGUCUUCGAUAGACGCGUCUCUGAUUCGGCUCAUCGACUCUAAUUAAACAAACACUAAUUAAGUUAUAAUUAAUAAAAAUGGCUACUUUGGAGGAUAAAUUGUUGGGCGAAAAGCUAGAGUAUUAUUGCAGCAGCAGUGAGGGCGAAGAUAAUGCCGAGGGCGAUGAUGCUGACGAGAAGGGUGGCCGUUCCAGUAGUAGCAAGGGCAAGGGAGACCUUACCAUCAAUACCGACCCCGAUGCGACUCCCGCAGGUGGCUUUACCAGCCGACAACAGGGCUCCACCAAUACGGGACCCAAAGGUGUUGUCAAGGAUUGGCAGCGUUUCAAGCAACUGGAAAAUGAGCGUCGCGAUGAAACAGAACGACAACGCAUUGCUUUGGCCAAGAAGCUUAGCAUGACCACAGCUACAGCGGCCGAAGAUGAAGAGCGCAAGCGUCAGGAGGAACUGGAUGCCGAAUUCGCUGAACUGAUGAGUGAGGACUUCCUUCAACAGUACCAAAAGCAACGCAUGGCCGAAAUGCUGCGUCAAACAGGACACAAUCAACAGUUUGGCAAAGUGCAACAGUUGACCAGUCAUGAGGAGUUCUUAGAGUGCAUCGAGCAGGAGAAUAAACACACCACAAUCAUUAUUCACAUUUACGAAAGAAACCUCUCCGCUUGCUCAACUCUUAACAAAUGCCUAGACAGUUUGGCCCAGGAUUAUCCCUCUAUAAAGUUUGCCAAAAUUUGCAGUUCUGUUGCCGGAAUGAGCCGGGAUUUUCGUACCAAGGGCUUGCCCGCUCUCUUGGUAUACAAAGCACAGGCUGUUAUUGGCAAUUUUGUGCGUUUAACUGAUGAUCUUAGUGACGAUUUCUUUGCCUCCGAUGUGGAAAGCUUUCUCAUCGAACAUGGAAUCUUAGUAGAUAGGGCCUUAUAUAGUUAAUUGGUUGUGGUUGUGUGUGAUCCCCUAAAGAUCAAGCCACCUUCUCAAAUAUGACCAAAUAUGUGUUCUGUAUGUGUGUGUCUGUGUGUAUUCUGAGUUAAGUACUUAACCGUAGAAUAAGUUGAAUAUAUAUAACCUUUUAUAUAGCUAUAAUUAAUCCAAGAGUAUUUAAGAUUGCUUGGCUAUGAAUGCAUUAUGGAGCUUCAAUAUCAUGACCUUAUGAAAAAAUAAAAGGCAUUCAAAAACUUAAA